CACACACACACACACACACGCGCAGCCGGUGCCAUCGAGCAGCACGUUUCUUUUUGUCCGUGCGCUCCGCGGACUGCUGCCUGUGGGCUUUUUUUGCGACACCGAAGGGCGGAUGAAGACAAACGCAAAGAUCUUCAUGUCCGGUGUUUGAAAGCGGAUCCCUUAAAUACAGACUGUUCCCCCCCCCCCUCCCACACACACACAGCUUUUUUGUUGUUGUUGUUUGUCUUUGACACCAUGGAGUCUGUGGAGAAGGAGUGCGGGGCGCUGGGUGGAUUAUUCCAGGCCAUCGUGAACGACAUGAAGAGCUCUUACCCCGUGUGGGAAGACUUCAGUGCCAAGGCCACAAAACUGCACUCUCAACUCAGGACCACGAUUCUGGCAGCGGUGGCCUUCCUCGAUGCCUUUCAGAAGGUGGCAGACAUGGCCACCAACUCCAGAGGCGCCACCAGGGACGUCGGCUCGGCUCUGACGAGGAUGUGCAUGCGACACCGCAGCAUUGAGACCAAAUUACGCCACUUCACCAAUGCUCUCAUGGAAGGCCUGGUUACACCACUCCAGGACAGAAUAGAGGAAUGGAAGAAGACGGCUAAUCAGCUGGACAAAGACCAUGCCAAAGAAUACAAGCGGUCUCGCCAGGAAAUCAAGAGAAAAUCGCUAGAUACCAUCAAACUCCAGAAAAAAGCAAGAAAAGGGCGGGGGAACCUGCGCCCGCAGCUGGACAGCGCCAUGCAGGACGUCAGCGACUUGUACCUGCUGAUGGAGGAGACGGAGAAGCAGGCGGUGCGCAGAGCGCUGCUGGAAGAGAGGGGGCGUUACUGUGCGUUCAUCGGCCUGCUGCAGCCCGUGGUGAAUUUGGAGAUCGCCAUGCUGGGAGAGAUAACCCAUUUGCAGCCAAUCGUUGAUGACCUCACUGUGCUGACUGAAGACCCACACAAGCUGCCAGCGGCCAGUGAGCAGGUGGUCCGGGACCUGAAAGGCUCCGACUAUAGCUGGUCCUACCAGACGCCUCCUUCCUCCCCCAGCAGCAAUGGCUCCAGGAAGAGCAGCAUGUGCAGCAUCCUCCAGAUGCCCUCUGCAGGGGCCCAUCGGCUCAGCAGUGUCUCCUCCCACGACUCCGGCUUCGUAUCUCAGGACGCCAACCCCCACUCUAAGCCUCCGUCGCCCAUGCCCUCUGACAUCGCCAGCCAGAAAUCCACAAGCUCAGCCUCCUCUGAGGCCUCAGAAACCUGCCCGUCUAUCAGCGAGUGCAACUCUCCCACAGCGUUUGGCUCAUGCUCAUCCUUCGGUACCUUCCGCCCUGCUUUCUCUCACACUGGCGCCGCGAGGCCUCUCUCUGUCAUACUUCCUGCGUCCCCCACAUUUAACCACUCCCUCGGAUCCAGCACCCUCUCACCCACAUCAAAGAUUCCUAGCUGGAAGGACUGGGCCAAAGCCUGCGAGCCAUCACUGGCCAGCACUCUGCAGCGUCGGAGGGAGUCCGUGGAUAAGAUGAGAGAGCUGGAUGCUCCGCCCGGUCCGCUGGGCUAUUCUGGGAUGCAGCCGGAUGAGCCGCACAGAGGGAGAAGUGGCCCGGGAGCCAUUGCAGCCAAGCACGGGGAGCCGCUCUCCCCCGCAGCCAGCACUCUGGCAAUGGUUCUGACCAGAGGCCUCAGCAUGGAGCAGCAGCAGAAGAGCAGCAGGGACUCCCUGCAGUACUCCAGCGGCUACAGCACCCAGACCAACACCCCCUCCUGCUCCGAGGACACCAUUCCCUCACAAGGUUCGGACUAUGAGUGCUACUCCCUCAACGGCGAUGCCGACGGCGAAGGACAGGCGGACUUUGACAAGUCGUCCACCAUCCCACGCCACAGCAACAUCGCCCAGAGCUACCGCCGCAUGAUCCAAACCAAGCGGCCAGCCAGCACCGCGGGUCUGCCCGCGGGCAAGACCCCGCCGUGCGCUCCCAACGGCGCCAGCCGGAGCGGCGCCGGGGCCAUCACCUCGGGGACGGCAACCAUCCGCCGGACCCCGUCGUCCAAAACCGGAGUGAGACGCACGCCGUCCACGUCCGGCCCCAUUCCCAUUAGGCCGCCCAUUGUGCCGGUUAAAACCCCAACGGUGCCAGAUUCGCCGGGCCACGCCAGCCCGUCCCGGUACCGCGCGGGCAGCGAGGAGUUCCUUUACGGCGAGGAGCCAAUCGGCGGCGGCGGCGACCACACGAGGGCCUCUCCGAAGCGGAUGAGCCUCCCCGACGCGGCCUGGGGCGGCGGAGGGGCGGAGCCGGGCGCUCACUGCCAGCAGGCCGCCCGCAGCUCUGAGGAGGACCCUCUGCUCGCCGCCAACCGCCACAGCCUGGUGGAGAAGAUAGGGGAGCUGGCCGCCAGCGCGCACGCCCUCGGCGAGGGCCACUUCCCCUUCCACAGCCCGCCAGCAGGGGAUCGGGCUCGGCGUGCGACCCGGGAGGAGGAGGAGGCGCCCUCCACGACCAGGGAGGACACGGACAUGCUGGUGACUAUACGCCGGGGGGUGCGGCUCCGCAAGGCGGUGACCGACGACCGGUCUGCCCCCGUGUUUCUGCGGUAGCUGUGGAGACGCAGCUGUGCUGCACUCGUUUUUAUUUUUAUUCUUUUUUUUUUUUUUUUUUUUUUUUUUACAAACUGAAGCUUCGUAGGGAAAAGCAACAGCGCUCAUGUGACACAGGUCAUAAAGAGGAUGCGAUGUGUUGAACGAAGGCCAGUGAGUGACACGAGUGUCCUCAUUUCAUGUUAUGUAUGUAUCGUGUACGUACAAAGUAAUCCCCAUUUUUUUUGGUUUUUAUUGUUCUCCUUUGUUUCCGUCUCUGGGCUUUGUGGCUGCGCUCCUCUGCUCCCCGUGUGACCGCCGUCUCACUCCGGUUUGUCCCCUUUUGCCCCAGUGAGGAGGACACCCUCCUGUCCUUGUCAUCGCUCUUAUGGUCAUUAUAUUAUUGUGCUUUUCUUAAUCAACAUAGCCAGCGGUCAGUGGGUUUGGGCCAAGUCUGUAUGUUGUGUUUCUCAUCAUUACUGUACAACUACCGUAUUACUGUUUUGGUUGGAUAAGCUGAACAGCCGCUGUGUAAGUCAUGUAAAAUAGGAGCAAUAUGGCAGUGUUUUUAUUGCUGUACUGUACAGUCAAUAUAUUCUGCAAUUAAACAGCCGUUUUACUGUUAAA